GCACACUGAACGUGGAAGCGCUUGCCGCGCGGUAAAAUGCGAUGCGGUAGCCAAUAAACUUAUAGCUCCUAAUGUGUUUACUGGUUAUCGCGUCUCAUUUUGCCGCGCGGCAAGCGUUUCUGCGUCCAGUUGCAGGGCCAUAAGUAGUACAAAAAGUCGAAAUGUCGACUACUAGCGCGAGUUUUGAUUGGCUUUUCCGCGUUCUGCUUUUCCAUCAAGGUGUGAACGCGCCUCACUCUACUUGGUUUCUAUUCCCACCACUACCAUCAGUGUCCAUUCUAUAUGUCGAUGAAUACUGCUGAUAGAAUUAAUCGAUUAAAAUUGAUUGAAGUAGAAUCAGUUCUCACCAAAAAUGGGUAACAGGUCAAGUCUUCUUUUACGCGAGGAUGAAAUAGCGCAGAUACAAAAUGCUACUGGUUUUACACCAAAUCAAAUCGAACGUUUGUACAGCCGCUUUACAAGUCUGGAUCGCGGAGAUUGUGGAACACUUAGUCGAGAAGAUUUUCUCAGAAUCCCAGAAUUGGCGAUAAAUCCUCUUGGUGAAAGGAUAGUAAACGCUUUCUUUGAAGAAAGUGGAAACGACAGGGUGAAUUUCCUACAGUUUAUGCAAGUCCUGGCUCAUUUUAGGCCUAUCAAAAAGAACAGUCCCAAUCGAUUGAAUUCUAGACAGCAAAAGUUAAAAUUUGCAUUUAAAAUGUAUGAUUUGGAUAACGACGAUCUGAUAUCAAAAGAUGAACUACUUGCUAUUUUACAUAUGAUGGUUGGUGCAAAUAUUAGUGAAGAACAGCUAACCAGCAUUGCGGAACGGACCAUAGUUGAGGCUGAUGAAAACGGUGAUGGUAUGAUAUCAUUUGAAGAAUUUUGUAAGGCAUUAGAGCGUACAGAUGUUGAGCAGAAAAUGUCAAUAAGAUUUCUCAGUUAAAUUGAUUAUGGAUUUAUAUAGAAAACUAUAAUAUAGAAUUUUAUAGAAGAGUAGAUGUUAGGGAAAAAGUUUGUCAUAAAUUUUUAUAAUUGUGCAAUAUACAAACAACUUUAACUAAUCUUAUAAUUAGUAAACAAGAAAAGGUACUUACGAUUGAGAGGUUAAAAGAGAAUUUAUAAAAUGUAUAAUAUAAAUCUUGAAUUUUAUAAGACUUAUGG